UGUUCAAGCACUAUGUCAAACUUUUUUGAAGCGGGGUCAAGUCACAUUCAGCCAGCGUGGGAAAGAAAAAAACAAAAAAAAGUAGGGAAAGAAAGCGCUGCUGCUCCUCUUAGACACGCAGAGAGGAAGGAAAGAAAAAAAAAGAGAGAGUGAAAUGCUGGUCUAGGGGGAGGACAGGCAUAGGAGAACCCCUGUGCUCAUUUGUGGUCAUGGAAAUCCUGGAUCUGCAAAAUAAACUUUAAAGUGAUAGAGUUAGUGUGCAGCAAACGAAGAAGAGAAAAAGUUUAGAUUUUUUUUCUUGCUGUGACCCUGCCCCUUUUUUCUUGCAUAGGUUUGCUUUGCUGGUGAUGGGUGUUCAGUUCUGCAGAGAGAGGUGGCUACCUGUGUGGCCCUUGCAGGGGAGAAUUGGGACCAUGUGAAGCAGCAAAUGGCACCUCCAGGCUCACUAAUAAAAGAGAAAAUAUAGGCAUAUCUCCGAUCGGAUAAUAUAUUGGAAAUACAGCUGGAUAUCCUGUGAUAUAUAUAUAUGCUUAUAUGUAAAGGAAAUGUAUUGCAUAACUAAAGAUGAUGUGAUUAGAAGAGGUUGCCAAGGCUCUACUUAUAUUUUGCUGAUGCUCUAAACCUUGUAGCUGCUCUGAAUUUUAAAAUCCUGUAGUUCCAUGCAUCACCUGGAUUAAGUGCAAGAUUUUGCCUUCAUUCUCCUAACUUCAGUUUACAGUUAGGGUCGCACGCUUCUCCCAUCAGGCAGAGGGACCUGCAGGCACAUUCUUGGACCCUAUAAUUAUAUGGUAUGAUGAUGACGGAGAAUGAAAAUCUCCCAGAUACACAGUACGAGUGUGUUGCAGAGAUUGGGGAAGGUGCAUAUGGAAAGGUGUUUAAGGCACGUGAUUUAAAAAAUGGAGGUCGCUUUGUGGCCCUUAAGAGGGUAAGGGUGCAGACCGGAGAGGAGGGCAUGCCGCUUUCUACCAUCAGAGAAGUAGCAGUCCUGCGGCAUCUAGAGACCUUCGAGCAUCCAAAUGUGGUCAGGCUGUUUGAUGUAUGUACAGUUUCAAGGACAGACAGAGAAACAAAACUGACCCUGGUGUUCGAACAUGUGGACCAAGAUUUGACUACGUACUUGGAUAAAGUUCCAGAUCCAGGGGUCCCCAAUGAAACAAUAAAGGAUAUGAUGUUCCAGCUUCUUCAAGGAUUGGAUUUUCUUCAUUCGCACAGAGUGGUACAUCGAGACCUAAAGCCACAAAAUAUUCUUGUCACCAGCAAUGGACAGAUAAAAUUAGCAGAUUUUGGCCUUGCCCGAAUCUACAGUUUUCAGAUGGCGCUUACAUCAGUGGUGGUCACAUUGUGGUAUAGAGCCCCAGAAGUUUUACUUCAGUCCAGUUAUGCAACUCCAGUGGAUCUUUGGAGUGUUGGAUGUAUAUUUGCAGAAAUGUUUCGUCGAAAAACCUCCUGUCAUCAGGAUGCAAACAGGCAUGCCACCACCACCACCAGUCACAGGUAUGCAGCCUCCACCACCACCAGUUACAGGCAUGCAGCCACCACCACCAGUAUUCAGGCAACCACAAGAACAUUAUGCUCCCAGGCAUGAGCAGGGUUGGAUGGCUUCAGUUGAGGACCCGGAAGUGAUGCCACCUCCAUUGACAUAUGACUCCUGGCAAGAUUCCUGGCCAUAGGAAUAUCUUUCUUUUGGCUUUGAGGGAAAGCCAAGACAGCCAUAAAGGAUCAAUGUAUUUAGCCCCCCCCCCACACACACACACACACACACACAAUCUCAGGGCAAUCAUGGCUUUUACACACAGGGUAUGUCACAAGAAGUGCCAUCUGGACAGGCUGAGUGGUCACAGACCGGUCAUCAGUGAGACUAUCAAUCCACCCUGAGAGCUCCACCAUCCUCUUCACUUGGGAGAGCUCCACCAUCCUCUUCACUUGAGAGAGCUCUACCAUCCUCUUCAGCUGAAGAUGUCCCACAAGCACCAGCUGAUGCAGCUGAAGAUGUCCCACAAGCACCAGCAGAUGCAGCUGAAGAUGUACCACAAGCACCAGCAGAUGCAGCUGAAAAUGUCCCACAGGAACCAGCAGAUGCAGCUGAACCUGCACCUCAAGCACCUAGAAGUCCUGCUGCUCAAGAGCCUGUGGAUGCAUUGUAUUCUCCCCUGGGUGAGGAAUACAUUUCACUCCAGAGGAGGCUCAUAACAAGCUGCGAGAGCAGACAAAGAGGCCAAAAGAGGUUACACAAGCGUAGCAUAGAGCUGCAGAGGGACAUGGCAGCAUCAUUAAGUGGAAUUGUUCAAAACUAGCCGCAGAUGAUAAUAAUUCUGUCUGAGAUACAGAUGGACAAUAGAUGGCAGGAACAAAAUGAACUCUUGGGUGUGUUGGUUGAGCACUUUGCACACCAGCAGGACACUGCCUCCAGCCUAUCAUCUGUGGCCAGCACUCCAGCAGAAACAUCUGAAUCUUCACAAACCAGGAGAACAAGGAAAUCCACUACAGUCACUUCAGCCCCCUCAUCCAAGAAGCCUAAAAAGAAAUAAAUAUUCUUAUAGUUCACCAUAAA